AUGGCAGCAGAAACGCUUACUCUUCGGCUUCCACUACAAAUAUCCGCGAGCAACAACACAAGAGAAGUGUGCAAACCACUAUGCAAAUCAAUGAGUUGUCCCGUUAGCGGAGAACAUUAUCAAGGCCUGUACCUCCACGAAGAACCAAUACGGCUGACGCGAGCAUGUGCCCGACUCUUCCAACCGAGCAUUCCCCCACCCGACGUCGCAAAGGCUUACGGGAAAUCACUCUGCCAAGAAGCUAGCAAGGAAGACGAAGAGAUCGUGGCAGCUUUCCAUGAGCUGCACACGGAGCCUCUCAUUGAUGAGAAGAUGCUUAGGUGGGUGGCUCCCCUUCCCCUGCGCGUUGACUUUGAUGCAGAUAGGAUAACGCCCGUCUUCCGAAACCAUGGGCCUCGUCACCCAUUCGGCUUCUCCAAUCCACCUGAUAGCAUCUGGCGAGCCUUUAGUCAGAUGAAGGCUGGCAAGGCCACGCUAUGGGAGAAAAAUGUUGUGGAAGUCUUCUCACCAACGAAUGCAUUCAUUGGCGUUGGUAAUGGUUGCGAUACGUCGGCAUUGGUAGGUCGCCGCAAGAACACGAUGGUAGAGAAGAGAAUUUCGCGAUACAUGAAGACAGAGGCGAGGAGGAACGGCAGGUCAAUACAAUAA